GCAAAAAUUCUGGAAGUUUCCAGCUACCUCGUGCCCAUUCUAGAAACAUCUAUGACCUCCAUUAAAAGAGGCAUUUUGUAAUCAUUUUGUGGAAUGAAUGGAUGUAUGGAAAAUAUGGUUUGAUAAAUAAAAAUUUAUCUUCCUUGUGCUGCUCUGUUUUCUUCAUGCUCUGUUUUUGUGUUCUGUUCUGUUUCAUUUCCAAUACCAAAGUCUCUAGGAAAUUGUUCUCACCUCUCACUUCUUGAUCUCGGCUACAAUCGGCUAAGUGGUGUGGUGCCUCAAGAAUUGGGAAUGCUUACUGUUCUGCAAACCUUAUGUCUAGGUACCAAUAAUUUGUCAAGUGGAAAAUCCGCCAAAACAUCUGUUUUGGAUAUUUUUACCAACUGCUCUAUCCUCAGAGAAAUCGGUCUCACUGACAACCAUUUUAGUGACACUUUAUCCAGGGGCAUAGGAAACCUCUCUCCCAGCCUAUCAGUAUUGCGCUUGACUUUCAACAAUAUAACUGGCAAUAUACCGGAUGAAAUUAGCAACCUUACUGCGUUGAACAUUCUUGUUCUCGGCAAUAACAAUAUAAUUGGCAAAAUUCCGAAAGCACUAAGCCGUCUGAAGAAUCUACAAGGGUUGGACUUGAGCUUCAACAAAUUGCAAGGCAACAUUCCACCAGAGUUUAGCAAGCUCGUAAAUUUAGAAUAUCUGUGGCUUGAUAAUAGUCAUAUCUCUGGAGAAAUGCCUUCAUCGAUUGGCAGUCUACAACAGUUGAGAAAACUGAACCUCGCAUACAAUGAAUUAACAGGAAGGAUACAAGAUGCCAUUGGACAAUGUUUUCGUCUGGAGAUGAUUGAGCUCUCACACAACAGCCUCAUAGGAAAUAUCCCUAUGGCAAUCUCAAGCUUCCAUUCAUUGGCCUUCUACCUCAAUUUUUCACACAAUUCAUUGACAGGAAGCUUGCCUUCACUGGGAGCAAUGCAACUUGUUCAGGCCAUAGAUAUCUCCGCUAAUAAACUCUCUGGACCCAUUUCUGGCGAUAUUCGGCAGUUGCGUGGAGCUGCGGUACCUGAACCUGACCAAAAACAAAUUAGAUGGAAUAGUGCCAACAUCAAUAGGACAGCUCAAAAACCUUGAGGUCAUUGACCUAUCCUUCAAUAAACUAUCAGCACAAGUGCCACCUUCUAAUGCGAAUCUCACUAUGCUCCACCUUCUGAAUUUCUCCUACAACAACUUGAAUGGAUCAGUUCCCAAUCAAGGAGCUUUCAGAAAUCUAAGCGCAACUUCGUUUUUGAGAAAUCCAGGAUUAUGUGCAGCAACAGGCUGGUUGAGUUUACCCAACUGCACAAGCUCUGCCGGGGUCCUUUCAAAGAGGUUUAACAAGAAGGUUAUCAUGGCCGUUUCAAUUGGCACAUUUUUGGCAGUGUGUUGUAUUUUGGGCGCAUCAUACAUCUUCUUCAGAAAGACCAAAAGCGAAACAUUCACAAAUAGUUUGAUGGGAAGAGGUUUCAUGCAAAUUUCUAGCCAGGAGCUUAACAGAGCAACGGAAGGAUUUAAUGCCUCCAAUUUGCUAGGGACCGGUAUCUUCGGGCCGGUUUACCGAGGACUGCUAUCUGAUAACACAUUGGUGGCUGUUAAGGUGUUCGAUCAGGACCCUCAAAAUUCUUUCAAGAAUUUCAACAAAGAGUGCAGAAUACUGAGCAAAAUCAGACACCGGAAUCUUGUCAAAGUCUUGUCCUGUUGCUCAACACCAGAAUUCAGGGCUCUGGUACUCCAGUUCAUGUCAAAGGGAAGCCUUGAACAACAGCUGCAUCAGGAUCGCAGGUUGAGUUUAAAGAUGAGAUUGAACAUUGCACUAGAUGUGGCGCACGAGAUGGCAUACUUACACCAUGAUUGUUCUCCUCCUGUUGUUCACUGUGACUUGAAACCCUCAAACGUUUUAAUGGAUGAGAACAUGACAGCCCAUGUGACUGGUUUUGGGAUUGCCCGUCUAGUGACUUCCACCGAUUUUGAAAGCAGCAGCACAUCCAGGUAGAAGGGAACGGUAGGCUAUCUUGCUCCAGAAAAUGGAUUGGGGGCACAAGUGACGACCAAGGCCGAUGUUUACAGUUUUGGAGUGGUCAUCCUUGAAAUGGUGACAAGAAAGAGGCCCACUGAUGAUAUGUUCACCGGAAACAAAACUUUGCCUAGUUGGGUGAGAACAGCAUUUCCUGAAGCACUGGAGAAUGUGGUGGACGGAGAUAUGCUAAGUGAUGAGCUUUGUGUGGAGAAAUUCAUGGAAACCACAGAGCAGGGCAGGUGGCUGGUUAGUUUGAUUGGAAUGGGGCUGGAAUGUACUAGAUAUAGUCCAGGGGAAAGACCAACAAUGAGAGAGGUGGAGAGCAUACUUGAAAGAAUUGUUUAUGGCCAAGCAUAUGGCAAUUUAGAAGGGCAUCCAUCGGUGCAGACUUUAUUAUUAACACAAGACAAGGGAUUAGGCGGCACAUCAUCUUCAUCAACCAAUUAAAGGGAAACCAGUUAAACUACUGAAGAUCUCACUGGAUCAUCUUACAUAAUGAUUAGAUGUUAACUUUGCUUUCUUUGCUUCUUGCUUGUUUAUAUGAAACAUCUUGUAUCAAGAUGUCACUUUUAGAACAUUAUAUAGAAGUGAUGCAGGUAGGGUCAUAAAGAAGUGUUGGUCAUACUUUAGAAUUAUAACAUUUUUAAGAGAUACA